GCCUCGCCGCUUCCCCUCGUCGGAGCGGCCGCUCGCCCGCCCGCUCGAGGCCCGCGGGGAGCGCGGCGCAGUCCGUCGGCCCACGGGGGGCGGCCUCCCGGCAUCUUCGCGGCGACCAAGGACGACCGGGGGAGGAAGCGGCCGGGAUGGCGCGUCCGCGGCCCCGCGAGUACAAGGCGGGCGACCUGGUCUUCGCCAAGAUGAAGGGCUACCCGCACUGGCCGGCCCGGAUUGAUGAACUCCCAGAGGGAGCUGUGAAGCCCCCAGCAAACAAGUAUCCUAUCUUCUUUUUUGGCACCCAUGAAACUGCAUUUUUAGGUCCGAAAGACCUUUUUCCAUAUAAGGAAUACAAAGACAAGUUUGGAAAGUCAAACAAACGGAAAGGAUUUAAUGAAGGAUUGUGGGAAAUAGAGAAUAACCCGGGAGUGAAGUUUACUGGGUACCAGGCAAUUCAGCAGCAGAGCUCCUCAGAAACUGAGGGAGAAGGCGGGAAUACUGCAGAUGCAAGCAGUGAGGAGGAAGGGGAUAGAGUAGAAGAAGAUGGAAAAGGCAAAAGAAAGAAUGAAAAAGCGGGCUCAAAACGGAAAAAGUCCUACACUUCAAAGAAAUCCUCUAAACAGUCCCGGAAAUCUCCAGGGGAUGAAGAUGACAAGGACUGCAAAGAAGAGGAAAACAAAAGCAGCUCUGAGGGCGGAGACGCUGGCAACGACACACGGAACACGACUUCAGACUUGCAGAAAACCAGUGAAGGGACCUAACUACCAUAAUGAAUGCUGCAUAUUAAGAGAAACCACAAGAAGGUUAUACAUUUGGUUGUCUAAUAAUCUUGGAUUUGAUAUGAACCAACACAUAUUCCUUGUUGUCACUGACAGAACCCCAGUUUGUAUGUACAUUAUUCACAUUCCUCUCUGUUGUGUUUGGGGGAAAAAAAGACAUUUUAGCCUUUUUUAAGGUUAUUGAUUUAAUUUCAUGUUAUUUGGUUGCAUGAAGUUGCCCUUAACCACUAAGGAUUAUCAAGAUUUUUGCACAGACUUAUACAUGUCUAGGAUCCUUUUAUCAAGGCAGUUACAUUCAUCAUUCUCCUGCCUUUACUCCACUAUCACCAGACACCCCAUUAAAUAUAAAUUAGCAUUUUUAAAAAAUGACCACUCAACAUAAUGCUUAAGGGAUUUCCUCUCUGUGACAGAACCCAGGAACCAGUUCCUAAACACAUAAUGUUGGCAUAUUGAAGAUGAAAUUAAAAUUGUCCUUCAGUUUUGAGGCCAUGUGUAAAGUUUAAUCAUACUGUAAAAUAUCUAUUCCGUAUUAGAAAUAGCUAGUCAACAGCUUAUACUUCUCAAAACUCAUAUUGUUACGUACACAAACUCAGUUUUUAUAUGUGAAGUUAGUGAGUCUUUUGUGUUAUUCCAAAAUAAAGGCAAUGAUUUAUUUUUUCCCCAAUGCCAAUACAAUUUGAGCUAAUCACUCAAGGUGGAUAAUUUACAUUUUAAAGCUGGAAUCAGCAGUAGCCCUAUGGGAAACCAGACAAAGCAUUGACUUUUAAAUGAACCAUUGUUUUCUUUUGGAACUAGAAUUAGAAUAGUUGAUAUUCAUCCACAAACCAUUAUUAUGUGUACAUUAUUGUUGCUAUUGUGAUAAUAGAGAAUUUUAUUUAUUUUUAUGCCAGCUUAUAUUGUGAGAACACACUUAGUCAGUUUGGGUUUUAUCAAUCCUGUUAUGCUUGUCCUUGGAACAUCUUUCGCGUAUUCGAGGUUUGUAGUUGAAAAAUUUACUGUAAAAAAAAAAAAUCAAAAACAAAAAAAUGUAUUGUUUUUACAGAAUAAAUUUAUUGGAAUGUGUA